AUGGUUCCUGGACACCAUUGGACUGGAGGGCUUCCAACUGCUGGUGCUGGUGCCGUCUUUUACGGCUGCGGCAACGGUGCCUUGGGCAUAGUGAACGAAGACAUAACCGCUUCCGCUUUGGGAUAUCCAUCUGCCGCUGGUCUGGCGUACGGACCUGGAAUUGCUGCCGGUAUCGGCUACGGCCCUUCUAUUAAUGUUCACGGCGCCUGUCUCGGCGUCGCACCCGCAGCAGGCAAUGACUGUGGAUCGAUUCUAGGCCUUGAUUAUGACUAUGGUACCGGUAUCGGCAGUGGUGACGGUAUUGGCUAUGGCACUGGUAUUGGCUAUUGUGCCGGCGUUGGCUAUUGUGCCGGUAUUGGUUGUGGUGACGGUAUUGGCUAUGGUACCGGUUUUGGCUGUGGUGACGGUAUUGGAUAUGAUGCCGGUAUUGGCUGUGGUGACGGUAUUGGUUAUGGUACCGGUAUUGGAUAUGGCACCGGUGUUGCCUAUGGUACCGGUAUUGGCUGUGGUGACAGUAUUGAUUAUGAUACCGGUAUUGGUUUUGGUACCGGUGCUUGCUAUCCUACUGGUAUUGGCUAUGGCACUGGUAUUGGCUAUGGCACCGGUAUUGGAUAUGGAUAUGGUCUUGGAUACGGUUUCGGAAGAUGCGCCGGCGGAUGUGGAUGUGGUGGCUAUCGUUAUUAA